AUGAGGGGGUCUAAAGUCACUCAGAUGAUGGUUAAUAAAUUUUUGAACUGGGAUUAUUAUUCCAGUCCUGUUACUGAGGGAAGAAUUUUGAUAAUAUGGAGGAGGGUUUUUGUCAAGGUUACAGUGCUUGAGGAGACAAGUCAAUAUGUUCACUCUAAUAUUAAAAUGGCUGGUCAAAAAUUUCCUUUUAGUGCAACGUUUGUUUAUGCGCGUAACACUAUAGAGGAAAGGAAGAUUUUAUGGAAAAGUUUACCUAAGAGUUCAGCUGCUGCUUGGGUAAUGUUGGGAGAUUUUAAUGCAAUCUUUACAGCCAAAGAUAGGAAUGGAGGGAAGCCUGUGCCUAAAACUGAAUUAUUAGAUUCUUCUCAAUGGUUUGCUAGUUCUCAACUGAAUGUACUUAAACAAACUGGUUCUUUCUUUACUUGGACAAAUAACCAAGAUGGCCAUGCUCGCAUAUACUCUAAGAUAGAUCAUGUGUUUGUUAAUGAGGACUGGCUGGAUCUGUUUCCUAAUACAACAGCAGUUUUCAACUGGGAAACAGUUUCUGAUCACUGCUCUUGUACUCUUUCUAUUCAGGCCAUGGAGCACUUAGGAGUUAAAUUGUUUCGGUAUUAUAAUUUCUGGGCAGAUCAUAAAGAUUUUAAAGAGGUGGCUCUUGAUAACUGGAGGAAGCCUAUUCAGGGGACUGGAUUAAAGGCCAUUUAUCUAAAGACAAUGUGGCUGAAACACAAACUGAAAAGAUUUAAUAGGGAUCAUAUAGGAGACAUAGGAGUUCAAUUUCAGAAGGCUAAAGAUGAUUUUCAGGCUGCCCUUUUCCAUGCUCAGCAAUAUCCUAGAGAUUUUACUCUCCAAGAUAAAGUCAAGGUUGCUGCUGAAGCAUUUAUUAUUCAGGAACAAAUGUAUCAUAGCUUCUUGGAUCAAAGAAGUAAGAUUAAUUGGUUUGGGAAGGGAGAUUCGAACACUGCUUAUUUCCAUGCUUGUCUGAAGAAACGUAAAGAAGAGAAUAGGAUAGCCUCUUAUGUUACUGAGCAAGGUGAUGAAAUAUGUAGAGCUGUAGGGCAGUUUUUUGAAUCAGGCAGUAUCCCUGAGGAGCUACUUAAUACCACAUUGUCUCUGGUCCCCAAAAGUGAUAACCCUUCUCGGGAUGUGGAUUAUAGGCCUAUUGCGUGUUGUUGUACCAUAUACAAAUGUAUCUCUAAGCUUCUUUGCUAUCGUUUAGCUAAGGUCCUUCCUGUCUUAGUUCAAUCUAAUCAGGGAGCAUUUGUUCAAGGGAGAUCAAUAGCUCACAACAUCUUGAUUUUUCAAGAUCUUAUCAAGAAUUAUGGGAGAUCAGCUAUUUCACCUAGGUGUGCUAUCAAAAUUGAUAUCAGUAAAGCUUAUGACACAGUCGAUUGGUGGUUUAUCGAAGAUCUCUUAAAAGCCUUGCGUUUCCCUGUGAGAUUUAUCAGCUGGAUAAUGACCUGCUUGAAAAACACAUCAUAUUUCUUGCUCAUGAAUGGAAGGGUUCAAGGAAAAUUUAAGGGUGAGAAGGGGCUUCGUCAAGGGGAUCCUAUAUCGCCUCUUUUAUUUGUCCUAAUCAUGGAAUAUCUCACUCGGAGUCUUCAAUUGGCAGCUCUAGAUACUUCUUUCAGGUAUGAUCCCAUGUGUAAAAUUCUGAACUUGCUGAGCUUAUGUUUUGCAGAUGAUUUGCUUUUAUUUUGUAAAGGAUCUCUGGCUGUUGUUCAAGUGCUCAAGGGUACUCUAGAGGAAUUUAGUUUUGUUACUGGGCUGCAAAUUAAUGCUAGUAAAUCACAUGUUUACUUUGGGGGUGGGGGGGGGGGGGGGGUUUCUGCUGAAGACAGGCAAACAUUAGCUGCUGAGUUACAGCUUUCUAAAGGGUCCUUUCCCCUUAAAUAUAAUGGUGUUCCUACGAGACCAACUAAGUGGAAGCAUGAAGAUUGUGACAUCCUUAUCCAAAAAUUCAGAAUGCGAUUACAUACUUGGGCCAGCAGGCACCUAUCCUUUGCUGGUAGAAUCCUGCUCAUUCAUUCUGUUCUUUUUGGCUUGCAGAACUACUGGAUGAGUAUUUUUAUACUCCCUCAAAGUAUUAUUAAGGAGAUUGAAAAGUUAUGUCAUGGUUUUCUUUGGGGAGUAAAUGGUAAUAGGAGAAAAAUACAUAUGGCUUCUUGGUCUAAGGUCUGUCUUCCGAAAGUGUAUGGUGGCCUUAGGUUCAGAAAUGGCUUAGUUUGGAACCGAGCCAUAUUAGCUAAGUAUAUCUGGGUUAUAACUGAGAAGCAUGAUGUGCUUUGGGUCAAGGAACACUUCAGCUAUGAAGAGGUGAAAGCUGCUGGUUCCUUGGGAAAAUUUCACCCUUCAAAACUGUAUAAUAGUUCUCUCUGUCAACAACAGAUUGACUACCAUAGAGCUAUUUGGUGCCGGUUGUCUAUUCCUAAGCACAGAUUUCUACUUUGGCAAACUGUAAACUCUCAGCUGUUAACCUGUGAUAAUUUGCUCAAGUUAUGUAUGGCUCUUGACUCUCUUCUAUGUCCUGUUUGUGGUAUCUCUACUAAGAAUCAUGCCCAUUUAUAUUUCGAUUGCUAUCUAUCCAGGCAGAUUUUGGUCAUCAUUUUUGGCUGGUUGGGUUUUCAAGCCUGGCCUUCUAAAUUUACUAGUUGGCUGGUUUGGCUCUCUAGCAGGAAUCCUGGAAUUAUUUUUGAUAUCAUCAACUCAGUUCUGGCAGCUAUUGUGUAUGGUAUUUGGAGGAAUCGAAAUAGAUGUGUUUUUUAUAGAUAUUCUUGGUCAGCUGAUAGUAUUGCUUCUGAGAUUAAGACUAAGAUUCAAUACAGAAUACUCAAUGUAAAAAAUAGGAAAUUGUCUAUACAAGAACAGAGGUUUAUAGAUAAGAUAACAAUGUAA